AUGGCCGUGCAGUCUACCCUCAGGCCAUCCAAAGAGCGCAUCACCCAGCUCGUCCAAGCAUACGCCCGCCACCGUCCCAUCGUCCAACGCGUCCUCACCGCCGGCUUCGUCGUUUACUGCAUCACCUCAACUUAUAGAGGUCUCGCUGCGCGCCCCGCCUCUUCUUCUUCCAAGCGCAGGGGAAAGGGAAAGGAUGAUGGUGGCUCUGCUAAACCAAGGGUCGCGGUGACGCGAAGUCCCUCAUCCGCUUCCCAUCCGCUCCAGGUGGACGCGGUCUUCUACCAGAGGCUGUCGCGCAUAUUGCGCAUAGUCAUACCCAGCUUGCGGUCCAAAGAGGCCCUGCUGUUGUUCAUGCACUCCAGCCUGCUCAUCUUUCGCACCGUGAUCUCGCUGUAUGUGGCAGCCCUGGAUGGAAAGAUCGUUGCCUCCCUUGUGCGCGCGCAGCCCGUUUCGUUCCUACUGAACAUUCUGCGCUGGCUGCUUGUGGCCAUCCCCGCAACAUGGACCAACAGCUGGCUCAGCUAUGUUCAAAACAAGCUGGCACUGGCUUACCGCACGCGUCUCACGCAGGAAGUCAUGAGGCAAUACCUGGGUGAUGAACACGAUCCCUCAGACCUGAAAGUGUUCUACAAACUUGCCAACCUGGAUGACCGUAUAAAGAACCCUGAUCAGAUGAUUACGCAUGAUAUUCAACGCUUCUCCACACAUCUUGCCGCAAUAUACGCCAAUGUCGCGAAGCCUGUGCUUGACGUCAUCCUAUACAACUACCAGCUCUCCCAGAACGUCGGAGCAGAGGGGUUGGUCAUCCUCACAGUACUUGUUCAGGCGUCUGCUGCCCUCCUCCGCGCACUUACUCCACCCUUUGGACAAUACACGGCCACGACGGCACAACUCGCCGGCAAUCUUCGACACACGCACUCUCGGACCGAGAAGAUGCUUGCCGAGCGCGAGUUCGCAGCAAAAAUGGGGCAUGAACAUCGAGUGCUGCGGAAGCGAUGGUGGCAUGGCUGUGCUGAAGAGGGCAUCGUAAAAUGGCUGUGGGGAAGCUUUGGCUUGUGUAUCUGCGCUAUUCCCGUGUUUUUCAAGCUCCCGGGUGUUGCUGCGCUUGAUAUGGGCGGUCGCACAGAAGACGCGUUUGGCCGUGUGAUGUACUCCUACAAGGAUCUCUCUGAGCUCGCCGGAUAUACUUCGCGCGUCGCUCUGCUACUGGAGACCAUGGAAGACGUGCGCAAGAGCAAGUUCGAUAAGGCUCUGGUGAGUAGCGCGAGCAUCGAAGAGAACGCCAAGAUUCUCAAAGGACGCGGUGUCGUUGAACUCUCUGAAGAGAUUCAAUUCGAGAACGUCCCUAUCGUCACCCCCAACGGUGACAUCCUCGUGAAAAGCCUCAGUUUCUAUGUCAAACCUGGACAACAUCUUCUGAUCGUUGGUCCCAACGGCUGUGGGAAAUCGUCACUCUUCCGAAUACUGGGCGGCCUAUGGCCUGUGUACGGGGGGACCGUUCGGAAACCGCCUGCGGAUGACAAGGAGGAUAUGGAAACUCGGGGCAUCACCGACGACGACCUGCUCGAGAUCCUUGCCCUUGUGCAGAUGGAGCACAUCGUCGAGCGCGAGGGUGGAUGGGACGUUGCACGUGAAUGGCGUGACGCUCUCAGCGGUGGUGACCAGCAGAAGAUAGCGUGGGCCCGAUUGUUCUAUCACAAGCCCAAGGUGCGCGACCUCUCUUGUCCCCCUGACAUGGAGGGCAUGAUGAUGGAUCACGCGACGCGGCUGGGAAUCACACUGCUUACCGUCUCACAUCGUCCGUCCCUCUGGAAGUAUCAUUCCAUGAUCCUUCAGUACGACGGACAGGGCGGAUACGUAUUUACGAAACUCGACGCGGAAAAGCGACUUGCAUUCCAGCAGAGAAAGAGGCGCUCGACUUGA